CCGGGGGAAAAAAUUCCCAAAUUACUUGUUGCCGUGUUCUCUUGCUUCCCGAGCCUAAACUCUCUCUCUGAAUCUUGUUUCUUCUAGGUGCUGCUCCUCUGCACUCUGCGGUGGAAUAGAGUGAUUUCCCGAAAAAGCACAAAUCGAAAAGGAAUAAGGGGAUGUCUCACUCCUUUCACAAUUAGUGUUUCUGGAGGAGCAUCUGUUCUCAGAGGCGCUUCUCUGCAUUUCAAGGGUUUUUAUGUGGAGUGAUGUUUGAUUGGGAUUCCAGGUGAUUUGCAGAUGGAUAAGGACAAAUCCCCAAGCCAUGGUGGAGGUCUGCCACUCCCAUCGGGUCGCUACUCUAGUUUUUCUCCUCUUGGGAGCUCUUUUAAUGUGAAGCCUGAACCUUUAGCUUCCUCUUCAUUCCAUCAAAUGGCACCUGGUGCUAGUUCUGAUUCUGGUCGGUUUAGUCAUGAUAUUAGUGGAAUGCCUGACAACCCAGUUAAGAAUUUGGGUCAUCGUCGUGCACAUUCGGAGAUACUCUCUCUCCCUGAUGAUCUUGGCUUCGAUAGUGAUCUUGGUGUAGUAGGCGGUGCUGAGCCCUCGUUGUCAGAUGAGACUGAGGAGGACUUGAUGUCCAUGUUUCUUGAUAUGGACAAGGUUAACUCAUCAUGUGUUACUUCUGGAAUUCAACUCGGUGAAUCAUCAGCUGCAGCGACAGGGCAGGUGUCAGCGGUAGGAGCUGGAACUUCUUCAAUGGAGGCUUUUGCUGGUGGAUCUUUUGAGAGACCUAGAGUUAGGCACCAGCAUAGCCAAUCAAUGGAUGGAUCAAUGACAAUUAAGCCGGAUAUGCUCAUUUCAGGGUCAGAAGAACCUUCUGCGACUGAGGCGAGGAAAUCCCUGUCAGCAGCGAAGCUUGCUGAGCUUGCUCUUAUAGAUCCCAAGCGUGCAAAGAGGAUUUGGGCAAAUCGGCAAUCAGCUGCAAGGUCGAAAGAAAGGAAGAUGCGUUAUAUAGCUGAGCUUGAAAGGAAAUUGCAUACACUGCAAACAGAAGCAACCUCAUUGUCGGCUCAAUUGACUUUGUUGCAGAGAGAUACAAAUGGUUUAACUUCUGAAAAUAGUGAGCUGAAACUGCGCCUGCAAACAAUGGAGCAGCAGGUGCACUUGCAAGAUGCAUUGAAUGAUGCUCUGAAAGAAGAAAUCCAGCAUUUGAAGUUACUGACUGGCCAAGCUAUAGCAAAUGGUGGACCCAUGAUGAACUUUGCCUCAUUUGGAGCUGGUCAGCAAUUCCAUCCCAAUAAUAACGCUAUGCAAACUCUUUUAACCGCACAGCAGCUUCAACAACUUCAACUUCAUUCUCAAAGGCAGCAACAUCAGUUUCAGCCGCACCAAAUGCAUCAACUGCACCAACAGCAACAACAGCAAGCUGGGGACCUGAAAGUGAUAGGAUCCAUACUUCCUCCUGGCCAGAAAGACAAAGCAUCAGAUGCUGAUUCUCCAGCCACCAAAGACUGAUGAAAAUCAAGGGUUGCUUCUUGUGAAAAUCAAUGUUAGAAAUAUGGAGUUGCAUGGGAAAUCUUUACCUUUUUCAUGUUCACCUAAACUUUUUUCUGCCAUUAUGUUUAGACUAUCUAUAUUACCUUUAUUCAUAUGCAGUUCCUACUUUGAUUUUAAUUAAUCAACGUAUUUGGAAUUAUGUAGCUUUCCUGGUACUAAUGGUGACAGCACUUUGGUUGCAAUCUGUUUUGAUAUGUCUAUCUAAGCUUUAUAUAAUAUGGUUCUGUCUC